ACGGCUAUCCCCGCCAGCCGACUUUGCCGUCUCCAGCGCCAUGGAAUAAAUGAGGCUCUGUCCAAUUUACCCGAUGAGAGAGAAAAUAGUAAAUAAAUACUGCUUAUGACCCCAAAUGUCUCUCCAAGAUUUCAACGGAUAGUAAAGAACUAGAAAUUUGCACGGGAUUGAUAAACGACAUGCACCUGGGAUUCAGCUUUUUCGCAGCCCAUGUAGCCGCGUCGUCGCUGCUAGUAGGCAAUCUCACCAGCACCAAUUGCGCCGAUGUUUCUGCUUUCCAGCAGUGCCAAAACAAUGCUAUUGAGAAGAGUAAUGCUUGCUUUUCGAAAGCUGGCGGCAGUGUCGAAGCCCAACAAGGAUGCGCUUGCGAAACGUACAUCAUGAACUACAAUUGCUACGCAACAUCCUGCUGGAACCGUGUCUGGGAAUGCGAGUACCAGUCCUAUAUUAUUUCCUACCUUCUCUACUGCCCGACAGCGAAACUUCCAGUCCCGUAUUUUCCGAUACCCGACGGUGCGCAGGACGCAUGCUCCUGCAACUUUGGCAAGAUAUAUCAAGCCAUCACGGAUAGUGUGAACCAAGGCGCGACUUGCAUGAAGAAUGUCAACUCGCAAGGACUCAAUCCGCUUAAGUUGGCGGCUUGCGGGUGCUGCGAGAUAAGUGGCAUGCAAUCAAGCAUCUGGGAGACUUGCCCGGAUGUUGACCCAUCACUGGCUGGGAUGCAAUAUGUUUCAAGAUUCGAGACAAACCUGGACAUCCAAUUUAGCGAGUGCUCGCCUAUGACGAAAAUCAACUGCGCCUCUGAUCUCGGCUUCUCACUGGCUGGUGUCAGCACAUAUUACGCCCCGAAUCAGUUCCCAGCAAGUGGUACUGCUAGUCCUACCAAUAAACCAGGUUCAGUAACAACCCCAGCGAGCGGCUCUGUUUUCACUUACACAAAUGGCGGCGACAAGGUAGCGUACACGAUUACCGCGGCUCCAUUCGUUGCGAAGGAUGGAUCAGGUGGCUCCGGGGCACAGACGACGGCAAGCAAAAAGAACGCUGCGAAACAAUUGAGAUCCAGAUAUUGGCCUGCUGUAGGCUUAAGUUUGUUUUCCUUGCUUCUAUAAUUAGAAAAGAGUAGAAAAGUUGGCUCACUUUCAUUCCACAGGUUCAAUUGAAGUGAGGGAGACGCAAGAAAAGUCAAUUAAGGCGAAAUACAUCUAUCCAAGGCAUAUUGGUUACAUUAAACGCUUAGAAGUAUAAACAAAUCUGAAGAUGCCUACUACUUCUCCCUCUUCAGCCAUCAGACAUAGCAUUUAUUGUACACCAGACAUAAUAGCUAGCAACUGCAUUAAUAAUCAAAAUUAUUGGGCGCU